CAUCCAUCCAUUAGCCAAAGAAGGAGGAGCACGUAGUGACGGCAAACUCGAUUAUUUUUACUGACUCAAGUCGUACUCCAGCCAGUCUGUUGAAGACUCGCGGGUUUUGAACGACUCGGUCAUCUCUGGUUAUCCGCCAUUGCUCCGCUGUCACACACACCGACCCCAGACCAGCUCGGGCAGUCUCCAGUGACGACACGCUAGCAGCCACGUAACGAAGAUAUGUUUUCCUGCAGAGCGGCCUGGCAAAGGUGUGGACCUUUGGCGAGGACAGCAGCCUUCAACUUGCCGCGGAAUGGUUUGCAACGGAGGCAAAUGUCAUCUAUGCCUGGUGGCUCUGGAGAAAACAUACUUUACGCUGUGCUGUGUGGUGGAGCCUUUGUUGGUGCUGUAACAUACGUAUACAAGACUGUGUCCACUGACAAUGCCAAGUACAAAGAUCGCAUUGAGGAAAUCAAUGCUAGACGCAAGGAAGAGUGGGUUCCCAAACCAUGGCCUCCUCAGAGCAAGAAUGAUGAUGAGGAUGGCCCAGAAGAGGAGGCAGCUGAAGAUGCCAGUCAAGAAGGAGGUGGUGAUGCAGCAGCUGAGUCGGAGACUGAGACGGAAGCAGUUGUAGAAAUUGUUGCCGAGGUUGCUGUGGUGGCAGAGGAAGUUGCGGAAGCUGCCCAAGAAGUGCAGGCUGACGCAGACGAAGUGCCCCAAGUAGCAGAAGAUGUUGAGGAGACUGCCCAUGCCAUUGCUGAACAAGUUGCUGCUGAGGACCCUGAAAGCAACGUGCUGCAGACAGUAUCCCCUACGCCGGAGAUAACUGAAGUAAGGGAAGAAGCAGUGUGUGCUGAAGUUGCUGAUGAGGCAGCACCAGAGGAUAUACCCCCUCCACCAGAAGAAAUUAUAUCCAUGGAUGAAUGUUCACCUGUGAUACUGGAAUACAAGGACGCAGAUGAAGACAUCUCAGGGCCAACAAAAGCUGUACCAUUAGUGGAGGAGCUUCCAACACUAUUAAACCUUGCACCAGCAAUUGAGGAAGUUCUCAUACCUGUAGAGUCUACACCAAUACUUGAGGAGGCCGCAAUAAUUUUGGAAGCUGCACCUGCAAUAGAAGAAACGUCUACACUAGUGGAGGCUGCAACUGUAGAAGAGGUUGCACCAGUGGUGGAGGAAGUUGUCAUACCUGUAGAGGCUGCACCAAUGCUUGAGGAGGCUGCAAUAAUUUUGGAAGCUGCACCUGCCAUUGAAGAAACCCCUACGAUAAUAGAGGCUGCUACUGCAGAAGAGGUUGCACCAGUGGUUGAGGAAGUGCUCAUACCUGUAAAGGCUGCACCAAUGCUUGAGGAGGCUGCAGUAAUUUUGGAAACUGCACCUGCCAUUGAAGAAAACUCUGCACUAGUGGAAGCUGCAACUGCAGAGGACGUUGCACCAGUAGUUAGGGAAGUGCUUGCACAUGUUGAGGAUGUCUUUGCUGCAUCUGUGAUUGAGGAGGCCCCAUUAUCAGUUGUGUCACAAGUUGUGGAGGAGGAUCCUACCCUGAUAGAUGAACUACCAGUAAAUGAGGUGGCUCUCGCACCAUUUGCGGCUGCACCACUGUUUGAGGAGGCCCCUGUGACUGCAGACGCAGCACAAACCGUUAAAGAACUAUUGGCAGAAGUGAUUGAGGAGGCCCAUGCACAAGUAAAGUUAGCCUCAGUUGUUGAGGACUCCAUCUUACCAAUACAGACUGAACCAGUCAUUGAGGAUGUUCCUCCAACAGAGGAGGCUGCUGCAGAAUCAAAUAUCAACCUAACUAGCCUGAUAGCGGGAGACGCAUCGCCAGCUCCAGUGGAGACCCGAGAAGAAGAACCCAAACGGGAGUUCAUUGUUGUGGUUCUGGAAGGAACACCUAAGGUAGAUAAAUCACCUAGGGUUCUAGGAGUGGCACCAAUAAGUGGAAGAAUUAUCCCAGCUCCAGAAGAUGAGGACAAGCGGAGUCUUCUUAGGAUGCAAAUGCAGUAGUUAUAAGGUAACAUUUCCUGAAUGACAACUUCCUGUGUAACAGAAGAAGAGGGGUGUGCCUUUGUCAACUUGUUUUUCCUUUUAUGCACAAAUGGGAUUUGAAAAGGGUGUGCUAUUAUUGCAAUGUGAAAUAUACAUUAAAUAGUUAUUACAUGUACACUGUAGGUGACAAUCCAAGUCUAGGAAGCACUUAAAGGGAAAGGUUUUUUAGUGAACCACUGAAGACACUUCUGAGCCAUUUAUUUUACUGUUCAAUACUUUACUAACUCUUGAACACUCCUUGUAUAUGUUCAUCCUUUCUUCCAUCAGUCAUGUGAUAUGCUUGUACAGUGUUCUCUACCUACUGUACAAAUCAUUACAAAUUCAAAACUGUUUUACUUUGGUUUGUCUUUGACAGCUGCCGUGACUAUGUAGCAAAUUCACCUACCUCAAAUGUUCCUCAUUUCCACAGACCUCAUCCAUGUCAAACACAUUUUAAAGCAACAAAACACUGCGCUACGCUGCUAUCAUCCUUAGUUGUCACACUAUAAUACGCAAUAUAUAUAUAUAUGAAUAUAUAUAUAUAUAUGAAUAUAUAUAUAUAUAUAUAUAUAUGAAUAUAUAUAUAUAUAUAUAUAUAUAUAUAUAUAUAUACAUAUAUAUGGCAUUUUAUAUCAUAUAUCUAAGAUCAGGAAACUUGGAAUUCAUUCAAUUUGGCACUCAGGGUUUUUUAAACAUAUAACCAUGGAAUGCAAUCUGUCCUAUUUUGAACAUAAAUUCUAUUAAAAAGUGUAUUUUUCUAGACAACCUUAACCAUUUGAUGGAAAUGUGUAUUUCUUGUAUGGAUUUACAUCAUUUUUGAAUAUUUUUAAUCUCAACAAUUCAAAUGAAAACACAAAGCCCUUCCUGCGAGCUUCCCUUUCCGAGCAGAAGGUAUUGUUAGAUAGGGAUCACUUUUAUUCACGGUAACAAUAAGUGAGUGUGGCUGUGCAGGUGGGAGUGUCAAAGCAGGGGGUUGGGAAUUUUUUAAUUGAUUAAACUUUUUUUCUCUGCAAUUUAAUGUCCUUAAAUUUAUCUGAACAAUGAUCCAACAAACUGAAAAAAGGAGGCAGAAGUCAGCAAUGCACAGAUUGAGCGACACACAGGAGCUCUCUCAAGUUUACGUACCUGUCACUCCAACGAGAAGGACCCGCCCCUGUCGCUGCGGGGCCAAUCACAGGCAACCUCGCUUUAUAGUCACGUGUUUGGAUGUAAAAUAGUACCGGUAGUAGUUUUGUAACACACCGAUAGGAGAGCGAAUUGCCCAUCCUCCACCUCAGCAAAGAAGCCAGAUAUAUAAGUAUUCCCUGCUCCAUCUUUUCACCAAUUUGGAGGGUUGAAGCAGGUUUGCAGCAAGUGCAGAAUAGAAUGUGACGACAUGCCAGUAACGAUGUAUGUUGAAGAAAUGUCUGUAAAUACUUCAAUCAGAAGUUACAGCUUUGUUGGUAGAGUUUACAUGUUCUAGUUCUAUUUCCUCAUUUUGCACGUUCCAUUAUUACUAUCCUUCAGUGUUUUAUGUCCCUGGUGCUAAAAGCAAUUGAAAAUAAAACAUGGUAUUUCUUCUGUUACAGAAUAAAAGGAGUUGAAAAUA